AUCGAAAAACAUUAACAAAUAAUAUGGCUGUUAUAUCGGAAAUUGAAGAACAUGAAAAUAAAAUUGUAAAUGAAUUUUGUAUGUUGUUGGAAAAAUCUCGGCAAUUAUUUAAUGGUUUAAGAGAUUUACCACCAUAUGGUCAUAAACAAUGGCAACCAUAUUUUGGACGAACAUUCGAUGUUUAUACAAAACUUUGGAAAUUUCAACAACAACAUCGUCAGAUUUUAGAUUCAAAAUAUGGUUUGAAACGUUGGCAAAUUGGUGAGAUUGCAUCGAAAAUUGGUCAACUUUAUUAUCAUUAUUAUUUACGAACAAGCGAAACAAAUUAUCUAACCGAAGCAUUUUCAUUUUAUUCAGCAAUUCGUGCACGUGGUUAUUAUAGUAAAGCAAGUAAAGAAGAACGUGCCGAAUUAAUGGUAAAAAAAUUACGAUAUUAUGCAAGAUUUAUUGUUGUUUGUUUAUUGUUGAAAAAAAUGAAAUUAGUUCGUGAUUUGGUUCGAGAACUAGAAAAACAGAUUGAUGAUUAUACCAUUACAUAUGAUCCAGAAGAUCAACUUGAAUGGAAAUUAGUUUUGGAUGAAAUACGUUCGUUUAUCGAAGCUGAUAAUGUACUUGCAGUAAUCAGUAUGAAUAAAAUGCCAUUAAUACUUUCACAUCGAAUGACUCCAUUGAAUGUACCGCCCAUGGAAAAAGUUAUGCCCAGUCAUUUAGUUUUACAAGAAAUAUUAAUCGUUGGUAAUUGUUCAGAUCAGGUAUUAUUCAUUAUUAUUAUCGAUAAUCAUCAUAAACAUAUUAUUAAUUUUUUUUUUGGUCCCUUUCAAUUCAAGGUUAAAUUUAGUGAAUUAACAUUGGACAUGUUUCGUAUGUUACAAGCAUUAGAACGUGAACCACAAGAAGAUGUCAAUCAAAUGCUCAAUGAUCAAUCACCAGCACCUGGACGAAUACCAAAUGAAAAUGGAAUGGAUUAUAGACAAUUUCGACGUGAAAAUCCACAUAAAUAUCUAUUAUUUAAGCCAACAUUUAGUCAAUUUUUAUUAUUUUUAUCUUCCGGUUUUAAAGAAUUACCUGCCAAUGGUGUAUUGUUAAUUUAUCUUUCAGCCGACGGAUGUUUUAUUAAUUCUAAACAACCUGAAGAUAUUGGUUAUGAUUUUGGUGGUGUUAUUACUAAUACUAAAUUACGAGAUAAUAUGGAUCCGAAUAUUUCGAAACAACGAACCAGUAGUUCAAUGGUAAAAGAGAUACAUUGUCUAUAUCCGGGUGAUUUAUAUCCAUUCGGUAGACGGCCAUUAUUCAUAAUUGUUGAUAGCGAUAAUAGUUCAGCAUUUCAACAUAUACCAAGAUAUUUUGGUCAACCAUUAGUGAUAUUGAUGUCGCCGGAAGAAUAUCCGGCACCAUUUCAUGAUCAACAAUGUAAAGGUUCAUUGUUUACAUUGUUUCUUCAUUGUCCAAUAACUGCCAUUUGUUUCAUUUCGAACAUAAUUACCUUACCGAUAAUAUUAUGGGAGAAAACACAACAAAUUAUUGAUAGAUUUUUUGCUGAAGCUGGAAGAUUAUUAGUACGUUCACGAUUAACUGAUAUGGCUUAUAUUCAAUUCUAUAGUGAUGAUUUUCUUCGGCUACAAAUAUUACGAUUCAUAUUUUGUUGUGUUGUUCUUCGUAUGCAUCGACUUUUUCGGGUUCGACGAACAUACAUUCCUAAAUCACAUCCACCAAUUCCAGAUAAUGAUAUUAUUGAUGCACCAAGUUUACGACGAUUAAUACUUGAAACAUCGGUUUUGUUGGAUAUACGUUCAUUAUUCACUGAUAAUGAUGAUGAAUGAAAUUCAUUCGAAUUGUCUGUCUUUCUAUUUUUAUUGUCUUCAUACGUUUGUUUGAUUUCCUUUUGAAGAAGAUUUUUAAGAAUUCAAACUUGAAAUGUUUCGUCGAUUGUAUUUUAUCGAUG